GUACGGAUUGGUGUGGCUAUCAACACCACCCCUUUCGGCUAAUAGUAUUAUAAUGCACACUGCCCUUGUUAUCUUAUCCGCGCAGGUAGAUCUACCACAUUCAAGCCGAUUUCGCAUCAGCGUUCGGGUAGAUAAGGUAAAAGUGUCUCUCUCUCUUGGGUAAUUUCUGUCGACGAGAGACUUUUCAUUUGAAUUUCGCCACUUGAAAGAAACACACAGGAUGUUAUAGAUUCUGAAAAUGUGAAUUCUCCCAUCAAACGAUACGAAUUUUGUGCAGUGUGAUGUCGUUUCUGUUGAUGUCGUGAAUAUCAAGAUGAACUUCAUACCAUUAGUGAUUAGUGUAGUCUUAAGUGUGAACUUGUUGUCAUAUGACGGAUAUGUCCUAGCAAGUCGUGAUACACAGGUUGAGAUUUGUCCAAAGAUUUGUACCUGUGACAAAAGUGAAGGACUGAAACGAGCAGAUUGCAGCCAUGAGAACCUUAUCAACCCAUACACCGAUGUACCCGCAGACGUUGAAAUAUUAGAUCUAAGCAUGAACAAAAUAUCGGCUAUUGAGGACGAACAUUUCAAGGAAUAUAAAUAUUUAAUGAAACUAUUCCUCUCGGAGAAUUCGAUCGAAACGAUCUCAUUUAACGCUUUCUCCCAUCUGCGAAAGCUGGAACAGCUGGAUCUAUCAUAUAACCGAUUGGAACAUCUGGACGAGAACCUUUUCGAGUAUAAUGAAAAACUAAUCGAUCUGAAUCUUUCGAAUAACAAUUUCAUGAGUAUUCAAAAUCGACCGCUUCUGAAUAGCCAGUCUAUCAUGUAUCUCCACCUAAGAGAGUGCAAAAUUCCUCAACUCUCCGAACACUUGUUCUUCCAUCUGCCAAACCUGCGGACGCUGGACCUUUCAGGCAAUUUGAUGAUCACAUUAGCCAAAGAACCGUUUGCUCAUUUGAGGAAGCUGCGCUUCAUUGAUCUUCACGAAAAUAAAUGGCAAUGCGACAGCACCGGAGUUCGCACCACAAUUCACUGGAUGAAGAAACGGAUAGCCUCUAUCCAGAUGGAAAACUGCUUCAUCAACCCUUACAAAACUAAAUCGAAGUUCGAGAAAAUGGAACUGGAUCCAAACUUAGGAAACGUAAAAAGGGACCGAGAGGAGGUUGAAAUCGCGAAGGUCUGGGGUCGGAAAUCCACAUCUGACUAUUUGGCUUCCCUUAGUGAAAAGACUUGUACAUACGACACAAAUAGUCCGGAGAGUCGUGAAGUAUGUGAUAAUUUCAUCGAGUGUCAGAAACGCUACAGUGAACUACAUCACGCCUUAGUGGAUAAAACGGAAGGAAGGAUGCGUAGUUCGACGUCCAACAAUCGGAUGGUAGCUGCGGUGUUGCUCUGGGGAAUAUUUAUCGGGGCUCUCUUCGGAUCCUUCGCUACCUAUUCCGUAAUGUAUCUCGUGCGGAAAUGUUGCGAACCCAAGCCUCAACCUUCCGACGAGCCAAGAAAACAGACAAUGCGGGAAAUGAGGCGAGAGUUCCGCGAAAGGAAUAAUUUCGCACACAAACUUUUGACUGAAUCCUCAGGCGCGAGUCACACGAGCAGUAGUCUAACACCCCAACAGCAAUCUCAGAUCUACAGCAACCACGAAAACACUCGACAGUUUCUUGUGAACCUAUUCUCCAAACGGCAACCCCGUUAUCUCCGCAACAAUUCCUAUCUAUCCGAGCAGCACGAGCGCUACCACCAUCCUAGAACUUUCCGCACCGGAAGUAUGCCGGCCAACUGUUCCCCCGCUCCAACGAGUUCCAGCUUCGUUUGGGAACCCGCGAUACAAAAUGAUGACAAUCAGGAACGGGAAAGAAUGAUGGAUAACGUCGAUGAGAACCGAGAAUCGCCGGCCUUCUCGGUGUGGAAUAAUUACUACGGGUUCGAGGAUGUCCGCAUGGCAAGCACUCCAACAGGGGUGUACGAGAUCCUGCCGUCCACUAGCGCUCCUAAUGGAAACGGCCUAGUGACGGAAUCCCCACCCCCACCGUAUGCCGGUCUUGGCAAUCGAUUAAGUCAUAACGAGCAGUAGCAGUGUGAUAUACAUGAGUUAUUUAUUUAUUAAUUUUGCAUACAACAAUACAUUUAAGACUCGGUAGAUUUAUGCUAAGAGAAUCAAUUAUCAGUCAAACUUUAAUAACUUGUGAUGGCCUCUGAAUGAACAUUUCAUUCCAAAGUUCAACAAUAUUUAAAAAUACCGUUAUAUCAAAUGGAUAUUCUUCAGAUGUAUUCUAAAUGUGUGCCAUAGAACUAAAUGUCAGUAAGACUAAAAACUGCGACAAUUCCGAAGACUAUACGAAAGUUAUAUACUGACUUGGUCAACAUUUUAUUCGCAAUCAACUCAGACCAAUGAAACAUAUGUUGAAUAUAACUCGACAUUACAGGAGAAAAAAGAAAAAAAGUUAAUGAAUUUAAAGCGAAUAUAUAUUUUGGAUGAUUAUUUUUCAUUAAUAUUUAUUCCGAAUAUCCUUCGUUCCGAUCACUCGAUUCAGUGGUCGCAACAAUAUUAGGUGCACAGCUAAAUUCCCGAUGACGCGGAAUUGAAGGCGUUGCUAGGUGAUGAUCCAUGACAAACACAAAAAAUGCUUGAUUCAGCAUUAGGAGUUACUCCCCAAGCAAUUUCAAAGCGAUUACAUGCGUUGGAAAUGAUUUGAAGGCAAAAAUAACUUUUGAAGCGUACACCCACC